AUGAACCCAAACGCUCCCAGCUUCGGCGGCUUCAACCCCAACGCCUCGGGCUUCGUGCCCGGUGGCCAGCAACAGCAGGGUCAGCAGCAGUACGGCGGCGCACCCUACGGCCAGCAGGGUGGAUACUACCAGCAGGGCUUCGGCCAGCAGCAGCCGCAGCAGCAAGGCUUCAACGGUGGCUAUCCCAACCAGCACCAACAAUACCAGCAAUACCAGCAACAGCAGCCCUACGGCGGCGGCUACGCUCAGCAGGGGUUCGGCCAGCAGGGAUUCUCCCAUCAAUACGCUUCACAGGGUUUCAACGGUCUGCCUCCUCGCCCAGCUGCAUCAAGCUCCAACGAAGCGCCAGCACGAUCCGCUCAGCCCGUCGGAGCACAAGCUGAUGCUGCUCCUCGCAAACCCGUCAGCAUCUCCAUCGGUGGCGGUGCCAAGCCUGCCGCUUCCUCAGCUUCGGAUGCGCCCCGUAAGCCAGUGAGCAUUUCCAUCGGAGGAGGCGCAAAGCCCGCCGCUCCCGCCGCCGCCGACAAGUCGGAUGCUCCUCGCAAGCCCGUCAGCAUCUCCAUCGGCGGUGCCAAGAAGCCCGAGGCUGAGAAGGAAGCUGCCCCCGCUGAGACUCCAGCGCCAGCAGCGGCCGUCACCGCCGUAAAGAACACCGAAGCGCCCUCGUCCACCGCUGCAUCUGCCCCUUCAUCUCGUGCCGAGUCGCCAGCGCCUGCCGCUGCCGCUGCCGCUGCCGCUCCCGCACCUGCUGCUCCCAAGACCGACUCCAAGGUCGCUUCGCUGUCCUCCAAGCCCGUCCCCACCGAGCGCGCAACCACCAAUGCCGACCAGAUUCUUGCCGAGGCAUCCAAGGUCACAGACGAGGAGACUCUCAAAGACCUCUUCGGCGACAAGAGUGACGAGCUCAAGUCACACCUCAACAUCGUCUUCAUCGGCCACGUCGAUGCUGGCAAGUCCACUAUGGGCGGUAACCUGCUCUUCCUCACCGGCAUGGUCGACAAGCGUACCAUGGAGAAGUACGAGCGUGAAGCCAAGGAGGCCGGACGAGAGUCGUGGUACCUUUCGUGGGCGCUCGACUCGACGGCGCAGGAGCGUGAGAAGGGUAAGACGGUCGAGGUGGGUCGUGCCUACUUCGAGACAGGCAAGCGUCGCUACACGAUUCUCGAUGCGCCAGGACACAAGUCGUUUGUGCCCAGCAUGAUCAGCGGUGCAUCACAGGCCGAUGUUGCCGUGCUCGUCAUCUCGGCCCGAAAGGGCGAGUUUGAGACCGGGUUCGAGCGAGGAGGACAGACGCGAGAGCACGCCGUGCUUGUCAAGACUGCCGGUGUCCAGCGCCUCAUCGUCGUGGUCAACAAGAUGGACGAUACGACGGUGGAAUGGCAGAAGUCGCGCUACGAUGAGAUCCACGGCAAGCUCACUCCUUUCUUGCGAUCGGCCGGCUUCAACCCCAAGACCGACCUAACCUACAUCCCUGUCUCUGCCUACGCAGGCCAGAACCUCAAGGAGCGCGUACCAAAGAGCAUUUGCGACUGGUACGAUGGACCCUCGCUGCUAGAGUACCUCGACAACCUCGAGCUCGGCGACCGCAAGAUCAAUGCGCCGCUCAAGAUGCCCAUCUCGGAAAAGUACAACGACAUGGGUACCGUCGUCGUCGGAAAGCUCGAGGCGGGUAAGAUCAAGAAGGGCGACACGCUCUUGCUGAUGCCCAACAAGGUCUCGGUCGAAGCUGUGGCCAUCUUCAACGAGCAGGAAGAGGAAGUCCCCGCCGCCAUCUCGGGCGACAAUGUGCGUGUCAAGUUGAAGGGUGUCGACCACGAGGAAGUGACCGUCGGCCACGUGCUCACGGAUCCUAAUAACCCGGUUCACGUAGCGACCCACUUUGAAGCGCAGCUGGCCAUCCUCGAGCACCGCAACAUCAUCUGUGCCGGCUACAGUGCCGUGGUGCACUGCCACACCGUCGCGCAGGAGGCCAGCUUGGCAGCGCUGUUGCACUACUACGACAAGAAGACGGGCAAGAAGAGUCGACGUGGUCCGCAGUUUGCCAAGAAGGGUAUGAAGAUCAUCGCACUCCUCGAGCUCGCCGGUCCCAUCUGCGUCGAGAGGUUCAAGGACUACCCGCAGCUGGGACGUUUCACGCUGCGAGACGAAGGACGUACGGUGGCCAUCGGCAAGGUGACCAAGCUCAUCACUUCGGCGGACGAGUUGCCGGACGUGGCCAAGCUCAGCGUCACCGAUGCUGCCUCCGCCGCUGCCGCUACGCACUAA